ACACAUGUUGAUAUAUUGGAAGAUUUUGAUCAAGAUCUUAUCGAUAAACUUAAAAAGUUACAAGAGAAACAUGAUUUUAUAAUCUUUGAAGACAGAAAAUUUGCAGAUAUUGGCAAUACAGUAAAACAUCAAUAUUCCAAAGGCAUUUAUAAAAUAGCAGAAUGGGCGGAUAUUAUAGAUGCACACGCAAUACCUGGAGAUGGUAUUAUCUCUGGAUUGAAAGAAAUUGGAUUACCUUUAAAUCGAGGAUUGUUACUCCUCGCAGAGAUGUCUUCAAAAGGAAAUUUGGCUACAGGGGCUUAUACAGAAGCCACAAUUGAAAUGGCUAAAAGGCAUAAAGAUUUUGUGAUCGGGUUCAUUUCUGGAAAAAAAUAUAAUUAUUGUGAAGAAUUAAUUGUUAUGACGCCAGGAGUUUCUUUGGAUAAUUCUAAUGAUGAUUUAGGACAACAAUAUAAACAACCUAGAAAUGUCAUUGAAAAUGGUAGUGAUAUUAUUAUUGUAGGGCGUGGAAUUUAUGGAAAAGGUAAAGAUCCGGUCGUUGAAGCACAGCGAUACAAAAGUGCUGGAUGGGAAGCAUAUUUAGAAAAAUUAGAAAACUAA